AUGUGGACCACUCGUGCUGCAAUAGAAUCUACCACCAUUGAUGGUCUUGGUAGUCAACAGGAAACCAUGGCCGAUAUAGAACCGGCUAUAUCGACAAUAGCCGGUUCUUUGGUCUCCAUUGGUUCGAUAUCACAGACACAGCCACGAUAUGGUACCAACGAUGCUGGUUAUGAUACUGAACACACAUCACUGAAUUCGGAUUUUGAUGAGGCCGAACUACGCAGAGAGUUGCUGCGAGAUAAAUGGAAGCUGUUAUUUGACAUGUUUGAUCCCGAAGGAUUUGGCGAAAUAACUGUCGAGGAGUUUUUAAAUGCUUUAAAAUCGCCAGAAUUUAUAUCACAAGUGCCUAUGAAUAAACGAGAGCUAUUAACGGAGAGAGCAAAAAAGGCUAAAUCACCCAUUGGACCAGGUUAUGUAACAUUUCAAGAUUUUGUAAAUGUGAUGAGUGGUAAACGGACACGUAGUUUUAAGUGUGCCGUACAUCAUCGAGAUCGUGAAGUCUGUUCGGAGAAUGAUUUUCAGUUGGUACUAGAAGAGCCGCCGUUUUUCAAGAGAAUGGUUCACGUCAUUGCCAUGGAAGUUCUGCCCGAAGAGCGCGAUCGAAAAUAUUAUGCCGAUCGUUAUUCCUGCUGUCCGCCGCCAUGGUUCAUUGUGUGCAUAACAAUUAUUGAGUUAACCCUAUUUACGUAUCACACCGUGAAUUCAGGCGAUGCGACAGAUCCUGUGGGUCCUGUACCCAUUGAUUCCCUAUUCAUUUACCGUCCGGAUAAACGUCACGAGCUGUGGCGUUUCAUGUCGUAUAUGUUCCUGCAUGCCGGCUGGUUCCAUCUGGGUUUUAAUUUGCUGAUACAACUGGUGUUCGGUCUACCAUUGGAGAUGGUACAUGGCUCCGGUCGUAUUGCGUGUAUAUAUUUUUCUGGUGUUUUGGCUGGUUCAUUGGGCACCAGUAUCAUUGAUCCCGAUGUGUAUUUAGUUGGCGCCAGUGGUGGAGUAUAUGCCCUGCUAGCCGCACAUUUGGCUAAUGUUUUGAUAAACUAUCAUCAAAUGCAUUAUGGAAUUUUGCGUUUGGCAUCGAUCCUGUUUUUUGCAUCCUGUGAUGUCGGUUUUGCUGUGUACGCCCGCUUCGUGGACGAUUAUCCGUCCGUUUCAUUUAUAGCCCAUCUCACGGGUGCCCUGGCUGGCCUUACCAUUGGUCUGUUGGUCCUUAAGAAUUUCGAACAGAAAUUACACGAACAACUGCUGUGGUGGAUUGUGUUGGGCAUUUAUGCGGCCUGCAUCAUUUUUGCCAUCAUCUUCAAUCUACUCAACAGCACGGUGAUUCUUCGAUUGCGGGGACAACCCCUUUAUGCCACCGAGACGGUGUACAAUCAUUUUCAAGUCUGAUAUUUACUUUUGACUGUCAGUGUUGUUGUGCUGGUACUGGGACUA